AUCAACCUUACGGCUUAUGAUUUUUAGUAGACAAUUCGCUGGGCGAAGGCGCAUAACGGACUAGCCCAAGUCUAACCUUCGUCAAAUUAAUAAUAACUAAAAACCAACUCUUACGAUUCUAAGCUCUCGACAGCAUUAUCUCCUUCCUUUACGACUUCUACAUAUCACGAUAUCCGGUGUCUGCAUCAAAUAAUACAACCCCAAUAAAGAACAACCAUCUACGUAGACAUGGUGGCCUUAUAGCGCGACCACGAUACAUACCACCAAGAAAUUCAACUUCGUUUCUAUCCACUCAUUCAGACUUUUUGAUAGCAUCGGACGAUAUUUGUGCGGCAUCACCGACCGCUCCAUCACCCUCCUCCUCGCCUUCUCUUUUUCCUAAUACCACAUCUCGAAAAUGGCCCGACGAAGAAAGCCGCCACGGUCCGGCGCCGUGAACGAACUCCCACCUCUCCGACUCCUAGGCCAAAUCGCCGCGCUACAGAGUAUAUACUACGCCACAGCACUAGUGUUAAUGUUGUUUACAUCCCUCGUCGCUGGGACGCGGUUUAAUCUCGACCUUGUUUUUGGAUGGGCAAACCUUCGCGGUGACACGACGCAAGGGUGGCUUGUGGGAUUUGUCUGGUUAUGUUGCGCCGGCGUGGUUGUUGUGGCAAUGGUAGCCUUGAUAGGUCGAUCGAAACUCGUACUUGAUUUCGCGCUUUCCCUGCACUUUAUACACCUCGUUAUCGUCACCUUUUACACGGGCUUUAUACCGAGAAACGUUGCUUGGUGGAUUACGAUGGUAGCUUCGAGUGUAGUCGCAGUCGCGGGAGGCACUUAUGGAUGUCAGUGGAGAGAAUUACGACCGAUUAGUUUUGGAGGCAAUGCGAGGAGUAGUAAUAACACGGAUGGUAGCGCCGAGACUGCCGGGGAAAACGGAACGGCCGGCGGCGAACAAGGUGAUGAAGAAAUGGGCUUUUCUAGGGGCCGCGGAAGGGGUAGAGGGAGAGACGGCGCGGGCGAAUACGAAAUGGUUGGUAUACAAGAUAAUGGGGAACGGUAGCAUUUUGCUCUCUAUUUUGCUACGGGAAUGGAUGGGGUCGGUCAUAUUUAGUCGGUCUUGUAUCAAUACCGCAUUGCAUGGCGUUGGUUUUUUCUUGAAGAGGGUAAUUAAGAGCCUGGACACCCGGGGCUAUGUCUGAGUUUACAUCAUGAUAUUCUAUCUAUCUAGGUAGUCAUGAGGACAGGGUAUUGAAAAGACAUGGUACACGUAUUAAUAUGAGAUGUUCACAGCCAACACCCAAACUUCCCAAAAUAAAACACGAUGUCUAAAACUAUAUACGUAUUUGUAUCAUGACUUGACAGUUAGACUUGAUUAGAAAUGAGCCAAUCCGGAA